AUGUCAGGUAACGAAGGUGAGAAGAGUCCCCAGGAUUUUGCUGACUGUGUCAGCCAAGAGCAACUACGAACUCUCCAAGAAAAUACUCAAAAGGACAUCACGGAGGCUGUUGCAAAGUCUGUCCAAGAUGCCUUCACUAAAAUCGGCUUCCUGAACCACAUGGAGAGGUUGGACAAGCGGAUAUCCACGCUAACUGAUCGGGUCGCCGCGUUGGAGACACCUUCCAAUGAGGAAGUGGUGAGUGGUGACGACGAUGCUCAUCCUGAAGACACGGUGUAUGAUUCCAGUGGCUAUAUUGACGCACUGGCUACAAGGCAAGCACGGCUACGACGUCGCCUACGCACAAACCGCACAGGUAUGGGUGGCACUCGCCACCAACAAGGUAAUAAUAAUAAUCGUGUGCCCGAUGAUCCUUAUGCUAAGGUUAAGUUUAAAAUACCAUCUUUUUCGGGAUAUUAUGAUGCUGAGAAAUACCUUGAUUGGGAGAUGACAGUAGAACAAAAGUUUAAUGCCCACCUUGUACCCGAGCAACAUAGAGUUAGACAAGCCAGUAGUGAGUUCAAGGAUUUUGCUAUUAUGUGGUGGGCUGGGUUAUCUGAUGAGGGGGUACUACCUACUACUUGGGAAGAACUUAAGGUAGCUAUGCGCGAUAGGUCUGUUCCUCCAUCUUAUCAUAGAGAUUUACGCAAGAAACUGAUGUGUUUGGAACAAGGGGAUAAAUCUGUACAGGAUUACUAUGGUGAGGUACAAAAGGGUGUGAGACGUUGUGGCAUAGUGGAGGGGGUCAGGGAUGCUAUUUGUCGUUUUUAUUCUGGUUUGAGGGAGGAAAUUCAGAACAUUGUUGAUUAUAAGGAAUUUAACUCUGUCAACCAGUUGUUUCGGUUUGCUAUGCUUGCAGAGAAGGAAUUACAAGGGCGCGACCAUCAGGGCAAGAGCAAGAAAGAUUGCCCUAGUCAACGGGCCUAUGUUGCUACAGAAGAUGGCUACAUCACCACCUCUGACGUGGAAGAGGAAGAGGGGGAAGAAGAAGUUGAUGAUGAGGAUGGCGAAGUCUUUGGUCGUGAUGACACAACGGACUACAGGACCAUCAUCGUGCAGCGGGUGCUCAGCACGCAGGUACAACAGCAUGACAGGUUGCAACGCCAUAAUUUGUUUCAGAUUUUCUUCGUCAUCAACAACCGUUGUGCACGUGUGAUCAUUGAUGGAGGUAGCUGCAACAACUUGGUGAGUUCUGAUUUGGUCAAGAAGCUUGGCUUGGCUACACAUUAUGUUGAUUGUGAUGUGGUUCCUAUGCAAGCUUGUUCACUUUUGCUGGGCCGUCCUUGGGAACAUGAUAAUGAUGCUACACACCAUGAAGCUGAUAAAGAGCGAGCUGCUAGUUUGAAACUUGAUGAAUCUGAAAAUCAGCAUGUGGCUAAAUCUGUUUUUCCACCUAAAAAGGAUAAGCUUUCACCUAGUUCUAAAGAUGAUAUUGCUAGUUCGAUACCUCCUGUUGUUACUAACCUUUUGCAGGAGUAUGAGGAUGUCUUUCUAGCUGAGAUACCCCCAGGAUUGCCACCCAUGAGAGGGAUAGAGCAUCAAAUUGAUUUGAUUCCAGGAGCAUCAUUGCCAAACCGUGCUGCUUAUCGAACCAACCCAGAGGAGACUAAGGAAAUUCAGCGGCAAGUUCAAGACCUUUUGGACCGCGGAGCUAACCGUCUAUGCAUUCCAGUUGGUUCCAUUCGUCUUUUGUUGAUACAGGAAGCGCAUGGAGGAGGGUUGAUGGGACAUUUUGGAGCUAAGAAGACGGACGAUGUUUUGGCCAUGCAUUUCUUUUGGCCAAGGAUGAGAAAGGAUGUUGAGAGAUAUUUCUAUGGACUUUGUUUUGGGAUUGCCUAG